AUGUCUCCUUAUAUGCACGGCUCUUCUCCGCUGUCCUCAGCCGACUCAGUCCCCACACCCCCUGGCGCCUGUGUUGAUGACUCGCCCGCGCUAGCCCCGGCUUCGAACCCUGCUAUCGCUGCAGAGCCUACUCUCGCCCCCAAACCCGACCCUUCCCAGGACGGUACUCGUGCUCUAUCUCCAUCUGGCUCCGUUAACUCGUCCACCUCCACUGCAAGCAAGAAGCGCGCUCACGCCGAGGUUGAGGAUCCUCAAACCCCCAUGGCCCCAGGCAAGCGCGUGAAGAAGGCUGCUCCACAGACUGCCCCAAAGAAUGCCCCAAAGAAUGCUUCAAAGACUACUUCCAAGACUGCUCCAAAAGCUGCUCGAAAGGCUGCUGGGAAGGCUACUCCUCCCGCACCUCCCGUCGGCACUCGCUCCAGCGGUCGCGCCCGAAAGGCGCCUGAGCGCUUCACUGAUCUUCCCUCGCCACCAAAGGCUACUGCAGCUCCUCGCAAGGCAGGAAGCAAAAUCUACGAACCCGUUCACAUUACCACUAAUUCCAGCAGUCGACUCACGAAGUCCGAUGUCUUCCACAUGCUCCUCGAAGCCAACGCCUGGACCUGCCUCACCUCUGAUCAGAAGCUGAAGAUCCUCGCGUUACUCCCCUCCAACACCAUCAACGUCAAGCUCGCCAACGACCUUCGGGCUGGCACCGCUGCCGAGAAUGCCCGCCCUAGAGAAGUGAGCCUCAACUUUAACCUGUUCCGUACCGAUGUCGCCAAGUUCAAGGAAGAUCUUGAGAAUGGCCAUCUUGCCAAAACCUGGCAGGCGUCCGCUGAGCAGGCUAUCAAGGCUCGCGCGGCAGGUGCUUUCGACGACUGGAAGGAAAGUGAGGCCGAGUUGUGGUGGGGCCAGAACUAA